AUGUUUGUGAUCUUUCUUAUUUUUACUUUUAUUGCGAAGUUACAUGCAGUUGACCAAGAAUGUUCUAUUGGAGGCCUACAGGGUACUUGUCAGCCAAUAAGUACUUGCAGCAAAGUUAUGAGUAUGCUGACAGACAGCGAUAUUAAUUUUUGCCAGGAGGAUGAACCCGAACUUUACAUUUGUUGUCCUGAGUUUUUACCAACAAGUUCACCUGUUGAACAAGAUGAGAAUCCAUCGUCUAUAAGUGUAAAAAAAUGUGCGGAAUACUAUCCACCAGCAAAGUUUGGUGUAGCUACAGUAGGUGGCACUAAGUCACUUCCAAAACAAUUUCCACAUAUGGCGCUUCUAGGGUUUGGACCAGAAGAGGAUAAACAAUGGUUAUGUGGUGGUUCGUUGAUUAGUUAUAAUUUUGUCUUAACUGCAGCUCAUUGUCUUCGAUCAACUGAAUUUGGUGAAGUAAAAUGGGUCCAUCUAGGUGAUCUGGAUAUUUCCACAGAUAAAGACGACGCAGAACCUCAGGAUUUUAAAAUAAUUAGAGCAAUUGCGCAUCCAAACUACACAUUUUCCUUAAAAUAUCAUGAUAUUGCUCUACUUCAAUUGGAUCGAAAUGCUGUUUUGACGGAAUAUGUAGGAAUAGCCUGUUUACAUACGGUGAAGAACAUAGAUGAUCCAUAUGAUAAUAUGACUGCUUGUGGUUGGGGUAAAGUAGGAUUUGCUGAAGAGCAAAGCAACUUUUUGCUUAACGUUCGAUUAAAUGAAAUGGAUACAGAGACAUGCAACCUAUUAUAUAACGACGUUAAAAAGAAGUUUCUACCAGAGGGCGUUGAUGGUGAUACGAUGAUCUGUGCUGGAGGAGAAAUAGGAGUAGAUACAUGUGAAGGAGAUUCAGGAGGACCUCUUCAAGUCAAAAAUAAAUUAAAAUAUGGCAAUGGAAAAGGUUUUACAAUAGUUGGAAUCACAUCGUUUGGUAAAGCAUGUGGUAUCACUCGAACUCCAUCCAUAUACACGAGGGUUUCUUAUUACGUUGACUGGAUUGAGAGUAUUGUGUGGCCCAACGAAUACAAAAUGGCACAUUCGUAA